UAUGGUGACGACUCGAUCCUCUCGACUAAGGCUGAACAUCACAUCGGCAGAGAUGGUUGCGAAUAGUGAAGAUCUUUUGAAAGAUAUCCUCCUCAGACUACCCAUCAAAACUCUAAUAAAAUUUAAGAUCGUAUCUAAACCAUGGCUGUCUCUAAUUUCCUGCCCCCAUUUUGGCCUCUCCUAUACUCAUUUCCUCCAAAGCAACUACUCUCUUAAACCACAGGCCCUUUUCCUCGACGUCGUGUACAAAAAACUACCCUCAAAGUUCAUGGUCCUUCGUCUGAAUCCUGAGUUAAAGCGACUUCCUCUCUUUGAUUUCAUUCAUGCCCGAAAUGUUAGAAUCCUUCAGUCUUGCUAUGGCUUGAUUCUUUGUGUUUCUCAAAGUAAUAAUAACAAGAGUUAUUUCUUAUGCAACCCUGUUACCAAGAAGUUCAAGAUGUUUUCUUUUCCUGUGACGCGUGAAGUGACCAUUGGUACUAGAGAGAGGUUAUUUCAUCAUGUUGGAGUUAACUUGGCCUUUGAUCCAUUCAAAUCUCCUUAUUAUAAGAUUAUUUCCAUAUGGCAAGAUCUAUUUUUCAGAAAUGAUCCUGAAAGAAGUAGAUGUUAUAUGCACUUUAUCGACAUAUAUUCUUCAGAGACCGAUUCUUGGAGCGUUGCAAAAAUCAAAUUCGCUUGGAGUCAAGAGAUGGAAUUUGAUCGUGCUGUUUUAUUCAAUGGUGCUAUUCAUUGGGAUUCUUCUUAUAGAAGGUCAUUUUAUUUUGAUCCAUACAAUGAGUGCUUGAAACAAAUGCCAAUGCCAACGGUAGAUAGGACAUGGGUUCGGUAUUUGGGAGAGUCCGGGGGCCAUAUGCAUAUUGUAGCUGCAAACGGAUUUUCUUUUUUUGAAUUUAAGAUUUUUGAAAUGGCGGAAGAUUAUUCGAAUUGGUUCCUGAAGUACAGGUUAGAUCUUGACGCUAAAAUGUAUGUUUUGGCCCCAAAAGACACUGUUCAUAAUUAUCUUCUGUCUUGCGCUGUUCAAUCUGAUGAGGUAAAAGGGGAUUCGCUACUAGCAAUAUUUCCAGGGGGAUUUGCAAUUUCAUAUAAUUUGGUGGAUGGGACAGUGAAGAGGCUGCGUUGUUCCAACAUCCAAAACUAUGGACCAGAUUUUGAAACUUUUCGUGUCAGCUGCCGUUACUUUGAGACACUCGCUUGUGUCUAAAACUUGAGAAUGCAGCUUCUGGAUUGACUUUAAUCAAGGUAAUUAAGUCAUCCAUUAUAACAAAUUGAUUUUGAUGA